UGUGGUUUGCACUUUUUUUUUUUUUAAUCUUCAGACAGCAACCAGCGCAAGAUGAUGCUGUGGGGCAGGAAGCUGUCAUCAGGAAGAAGCUUCAAGAAGCUAGCCAACGGUGGGAGGUCGCGGGGGAGCUGGUGGAGGCUCGAGAUGAGGCAGCCCAGGCUGCCGGGGAAAAGGCGGAAUCUUUGCAGCAUAAAUUAGAGGAAGCAGUUUCCGAACAACGGAACCUCCCAGCUAUAAAUACCGAGGGAUCGAACACUUGCCAGAUACUUGAGCAGAAGAGGAGAGGACUGAAAACAACAACUGAGUCACUUCGAAAGUGGUUGGCUGAAGGGCAGCGAAUCCAUGGCUUGUUGUUGCAGAGCCUUUUAGAUGAGGAAUUUACUUGUUGUCAUUCCCUGUCCUGCACAGAUAGAAGUCAACAACCUCUUGAAGAACAAUUGAAGCACUGUUGCCACAAACUACUUAAUGAUCAAGAAGGAAGAACACAUCUGAUAGCCCUGACCUUGAAAUACACCUGCUGGGGUACACCUCUUCUGGAUGCCUUGUGUCUGGAUACUCUUACAAUUCCGAGGGUGGAAGUGACCCCUUUUCUUUGUGUAGCCCACCAAAUCCACGCUAUAUGUGAAAGACUCAGAUACAAGGAAAUACAAGAUGGUGCUCUGGGUGUGAUCAGACGACACAAGAGCAUGCUGUUGAACGCUCAUCCCCUGAGAGCCUGCCACAGUCCAGGUUUGCUGUUUGUGUUUUAUGGGAAUCUGUGCCUGUUCAGUUGGGUUUUAAGAGAGUUCUCUAGAUCUGAUGCUCCACGAUAUUUCUUCUGCUCGUUCUGCAGGGAACAUCCCACACUACCAUCGCCCGGACACACUUCGUCCACAGACAGUACUGCAACUUCAAGUGAAUCUGGAUCAGAAACUUUGAAUAUGGCUUCUGGUGACCUUGACUGUAAGUCACUCUGUGAGAAAGAAGAGAAUGUGAGACCAACCUCGGCCAUGAUAGAGAGCCAAGGCACCAGUAAAGCUCAAGAGAAUAUUACAUGCCAAGAUGCUGUGAGUACAGAAAAAAACACAAUAAAUCAGGAAGCCAAAGAGGAACCCAAAACAACAGAAGAACAAGGGAAAGCAUGUGCCGCGGGAGACACUGCAGUUUCCCAUCUUCCUGGAAGCACUGUGAAAUCGGUUAACUUUCGACAAAGUGACAGCACUUCUGCUAAUGAGAAGGAGGUGGAGGCAGAGUUCCUCAGAGUAUCGCUGGGAUUCAAGUGUGACUGGUUUACUCUCGAGAAGAGAGUGAAGCUCGAACAGCGAUCUCGUGACUUGGCAGAAGAAAAUCUGAAUAAAGAAGUCGCUAACUGCUUAAAGCUAUUAGAGUCUUUAACACUUCUGUGUGAGGAAGACAACCAGGCCCAGGAAAUCAUUAAGAAGCUGGAGAAGAGUAUAACAUUUCUUAGCCAGUGUAGCACACGAGUGGCCAGUAGGGCUGAGAUGUUGGGAGCCAUUAAUCAGGAAAGCCGGGUCAGUAAAGCAGUGGAGGUGAUGAUUCAGCAUGUAGAAAACCUGAAGAGAAUGUAUGCCAAAGAGCACGCCGAACUGGAGGAACUGAAGCAGGUCCUUCUGCAGAAUGAAAGGUCUUUUAGCCCUCUUGAUGAUGAAGAGGACUGCCAAAUUAAAAAGCGUUCAGCAUCUCUGAACUCCAAGCCAUCUUCUCUUCGAAGAGUGACCAUUGCCUCUUUACCCAGAAAUAUUGGAAAUGUGGGAACGGCGGCUGCAGCGGAGAAUAACGACCGGGUCAGCAGGAGGUCAAGCAGUUGGCGCAUUUUGGGGUCAAAGCAGAGCGAACAGCGUCCUUCCUUACAUCGAUUUAUCAGCACCUACUCCUGGGCAGAUGGGGAAGAAGAAAAAUGUCCACUCAAAACUAAAGAUGACUUAGAGCCACCCGGAGAAGAAAUAGUAGAAAGAACAAGGAAGUCAAGUCUCUCUGAAAAGAAAAAUAACUCCUCCAAGUGGGAUGUCUCCACAGUUUAUGACACAGGAGCUUCCUGGGCAGCAAACCUCAAGACCUCCAUCCACAAGGUGAACAAGGCCCUGUGGCUUUCUGUUGCCUUCAUCGUGCUGUUGGCAGCUUUGAUGAGCUUCCUCACGGGACCAUUCUUCCAGAAGUCCGUGGAAGCGGCUCCCGCCCAGGAAGGGGACUCCUGGGGCGCCCUAGAGCAUCUCUUGUGGCCGUUCACCAGACUCCGCCACAAUGGGCCACCGCCAGUGUGACUGCAGCACCUCUGACCUUGCGUGUCCUGGUUUUUAAACUUUCAGUAUGUGAACUUGGUGAAUUAGUAAGUUUUACCUGGGAGAGUACCCCAAACGAGAGGUUCUCAGAAUGACUGUCGGAGAUUUUGCAUCCCUUCCAUGUGUGCAGGGUGCGGUCUUUUAGAGAAAGAUAUUAUUAUAUAUUGUUCUGCUACAUUUUAUUGAAAUAAAGAACCAUUGAAAUACA